AUGGAUACUUCCACCCUUAUAUUUAUAGCUACACUUGCGGUAGUCUUCAUCUUCUUGAGAUGGAUAAUCUCACCCAUCCCUAAUGCAAGCAGUGAGUGGAACGAACUUGAAAAUGCAAGAGAAAAUGACGCGAGGACCAAUCGUGUAACCAGAGCAGGCACUCCAGGUAGGAGAAGAGAAGUGACUAAUUCUAUGAUUGAGGUUGUUCAAGCAAUCGCUCCUCAUUUAUCUACUGGACAAAUUAGAAUGGACUUGGAAAGAUCAGGAUCAGUGGAAGUUACUGUUGAGAGAUACAUGGAAGAAGGUGGUUUGCCAUUUCCAGAAGGAGAGUCUGCUAGCGAUCUGCAUCCAUUAGAGGAAUCAGAAAAAACGAACAACCAAUAUGAAUCAGACAACCUCAUAGAUAGAUAUGGAUUAAAUGAAAAGGUAGACAGUGCUAGCUUGGAUGAAUUAGAAGAAGCUACUUGGGGCACUGACAAAAGCGAGAGAAGAGAUUUACUUCAAAAAAGAAGGGAAAAUAUGAUUUUGAAAGCAAGGAAAAGAUUAGCAUCUCAAUUACAAAAUGAAAUAUCAAUGCCUUAG